ACUCAACGUUUCGUUUUUCCUCCAAAUCUUCAAUCAAUCAAUCUAUCAAUAAUUUCGAAUACUUUUUUCCCCAAAUCCAUGGAGGUCUACGGCGCCGUUUCCCGGCAGCUCCCCGGCCUCUUCCGCCGCGAUUUUUCUCAAUCCGUCGAAGUCUACGACGCAGAUACCCGUCGGGGCCCCUGUAGCCUGUCUAUUUCCGGUCGUUCGGUUGGUAAUGAAACUCGAGCUUUGGGGCUCGUCAGUCGUCGGAGAAUGGAUUCUUCUAGGUUCUGCGAUGACGGUUAUUUGCGGUAUUAUGUUGGACCGACUUGUCAGGGGGGGAAUUUGAAGAAGGAGAAGGAGGCGGUGAAGAAGAAAUUGAAAUUGUUGAAAGGAUUGUCUGCUACGGAUUAUGAAUCGAGCUUGUUGUUUCGUUUCGAUCAUGGCUCUAUCGACGAAUUUCAGUCGGAUCGCUUCUCUAUUGAGAAAACAAGAGAGGCAUUGACAAGACAACUCCAACAGCUAAAAUUAGAGGAGAAAGAGCAGAAAAGAAAAAAGAAGCUAGAAAAGGCCAAGCUAAAGGCAGCUCGAACAAAAACCAUUCACGACUCAUCAUCUUCAUCCUCUGAAUCCAGCGACAAUGAAGGCCAUAUGAACACAAGAAGCUACCAAUUAAAGAAAGCGCUUUCACAGCCAUUCCCAGAUCAAUACAAGACUAACGCCAUCCAUGUAUCAACAUUGCCUCUUCCACUGCAAACCCAACUUCUCAAUUCGAAAACUGAAAACAUCGGUGUAACCCGAUCGACCUCUGUAGGGAGGAUUGAAGUGUGUAUGGGAAACAAGUGCAAGAAGGCAGGAGCAGCAGCAUUGAUGGAAGAAUUUGAGAGGGUGAUGGGGGAUGAAGCUGCUGUUUGUGGGUGUAAAUGCAUGGGAAAAUGUAGAGAUGGACCAAAUGUGAGAGUUUUGGGUUCUAUGGAGAUGCAAAAUCCUCUGUGCAUUGGAGUUGGGGUGGAAGAUGUUGAUAGAAUUGUAGCUGAGUAUCUUGGACAAAAAGGGGGGCAGACACAAUCAAGGUUAGCACCUGCAGCAAUUUGAUUGGUACUUUUCGUAGAAGUUAAACUUAGUGUAGUUUGUUUGAUGAGUUUGUACAAAGUUAAUCAUCUUCUUUUUGAGUUAUACUAAGUUGGGUUGGGAUGAAGAAGUUUUUGGACCUAAACCAACUAUUAGGAUUAAAAAAAUUUCAUCCAUUGGAGCUAGAGGGUUGUUUCAAUCUCAACUCAAUCAAGGAAUUUGAGUUGGGUUAGUUGAUUUAGGCGUUUCAAGUUAUUUGUACCCAUUUGUGAAAAAAAAUACUCUAAUUAGGAGUUCUUUUUUAAUGCUAAUUUAUUUAUUAUGUCAUUGAGUUCA